AUGCAAAUCGACAAUAUGGACAACAUAUGGGUGUACGACAAAUUCAACGCUUCCGAAGUUCCAUGAGGACGGAGCCGAACCUGGCCAAGCGAGCUGAUGGAGUCUCAUGCAAAUCGACAAGAUGGACAACAUAUGGGUGUACGGCAAAUUCAACGCUUCCGAAGUUCCAUGGUGGAACGUCCUUACACGAAUAAUGAUUGUGCCUUCUCAGCUCCUCAAGUCCAUCUUCCUAAACUUUGUUUCCUGCUAGGAGAUACCUGGUAG